CCCAGUUGACUACGGAACCCUAAUAAAUGGCCCACAUGGUUACUAAGUUCAGUAUGUCUCAAGGUCACAUGUGGCGCUUAUCCACUUGUUGUUGAACUUGCAUUUUAAAGUAGUGAUAAGUUAUCGCCAGUAAGCUCAGUCGCUGUUGGCCCGAGCCCCGCGGCGCGCGCGUCUGUCCGAGUGGGAACAAUCAUGCGCGGCGCUCCUCACCACCAUGCGACCUUUAGCCAAACUAUUCUUUCUAACUUCCUUCCUCUUCGUAACACUAUUCCUAUACAUGUCUCUCAGAGAAAUAAAAAACACGCAACUACUAUUUGAUACAAAAAACAUUUUCAAUAUAGAAAAAAACUUGACAAGAUUUAAUUUUGUUGAAAAAUUAAUAAAAAGUGACAGAAGUGAUAAGAAAAUUAAGUACAUUUUACAGUGGACUAAUCCGAAAAAUGUGCCUUUUGUGUAUAUGCUUGAGGGUAAUAAAGUGUUCAUAGAGCGAAAGUGUGAAUAUACAAAUUGUUAUGUCACUAGUAACAAAAGUCUACUAGGAGAUGUUAGUAAGUUCGAUGUCAUUGCGUUUUCGGGAACUGAAGUCGUUUACUGGCCUAUUGAAAACCUUAUCCCUCCCAAGCGCUCGCCGCAUCAGAAGUACGCUUUUACUAACAUAGAAUCAGCUGAUAAUUACCCAUUCUGCUCCAACAAGUUGGAUAACUUUUUCAACUGGACAUGGACGUUUAGAUUAGACUCUGAAACUAAAUGGGGCUACAUAAUUGUAAGAGAUGCCAACAACAAAGUGAUUGGCCCUAAGAAAGAAAUGCAUUGGAUGAAGUUGAAAGACAUGGAUCCUGUGAGCGAAAAGUUAAGUGCGCAGUUGAAGACAAAAUCCAGAGCAGCAGCGUGGUUCGUAUCCAAUUGCUGGACGAGAAGUCGCCGGGAGAACUUCGUGACGGACCUGCAAAAGGCUUUAAAGCCCUACGACUUAGAAGUAGAUAUUUACGGACAAUGUGGCCCUUACAAAUGCGAGCGUGACGACGAAGAAGCAUGUUUUCAGAUAAUAAAGCAGGACUAUUAUUUUUACCUGUCGCUUGAGAAUUCAUUCAGUGAGGACUACGUGACUGAAAAACUCCUGUCUGCGUUGAAAUACAAUGCGAUACCUAUUGUUUAUGGAGGAGCUAAUUAUACAAGAUUUAUGCCAGACGGAAUAUACCUGAAUGCGAGAGAGCUAGGAGCGGAGAAAUUAGCAAAGAAAAUGAAAUACCUUAUAGACCAUCCUGAUGAAUACAAAGAGUAUUUCCGAUGGAAAAACCAUUACUCUUAUAACAGAAGAAACGACUUCGCAGACACUGACGACUAUUGUGGUUUCUGUACACUUCUUAAUAACGAAGAGAUGGUGAAAAAGAAGUCUGUAUACAAGAACUUCAAAGAGUGGUGGAAUGACCCUCGACGUUGUUAAUGCGUUUUUUAUCUAGUAAUAGUGGAUCAACUAUUCUUGUUGUUAUUUUGCCCGCCAGCCAGGAGAUAAUAGUAAUUAUCUAUAAGUAGGUUUACGUUAAGCAAAGCCCCUCUAGCAUUUAAUUGAGUAUACUAUGCAUUUUUUGUAUACCACGUCAGUGGCAAACAAGCUUACGGCCUGCCUGGUGGUAAGCAGUCAUCGUAGCCUAGAGAUGUAUAAGGUCAAUACAGGUAAGCAGGGACCGGUCCCGUAUCCCCUUCGAGGGUUUUUGAAGGGGUAUUUCGUUCGACUUUGCUAACCAAAGCCUACGGACCGACAAUAGUCAGCAACUAACUCAAAAAAUGCCCCGCCUAAUGAAAUCAGACCCAAAAUAGGUACUUAUAGAUCACAAGGUUAGGGAAGCAAAGGGGAACCCGUUCCGGAAGCUAAGCAAGGCUUGUCGGCUAUCCAAUAUACAAUUAAGCUAUUCCAAAAGCUUAUUUAAAGAACGGGAAGCCCCUUCCUACAUUCAAGUGACCGCGAAAGGGAAACCCCUUCCUACACUCAUAUAAUCGCGUAAGAGAAACCCCUUCCUACAGCUAAGUCAAAUGAAUGGGUAAGCAAUUCAAGUGGUAGGCAUGUGAUUUGGGAUAUUUAAUGAACGGCUAAGCUGUUCAAUGGCUUUUGUCUGGGAAGAGGUUACCGGUCUCUGCAGGUAAGUGUGAGCGCCAAUCUGUUUACACAUUUUACAUUUGAUAACCGGUUUGGCCUAGUGGGUAAUGAUCGUGUACAAAGCCGAUGGGCCCGGGUUCAAAUCCUGGUAAGGGCAUUUAUUUGUGUAUGUUUUCUAUGUAUUUAUGUAUUAUAUAUAUAUAGUUGUCUAAGUACCUACAACAGAGACCUUAUUGAGAUUACUGCGGGAUUUAGUAAAUUUGUGUAAGUAUGUCCUAUAAUAUUUAUUUAUCUAAUAUUUAUUUGCAAGCAAAUAGCAAAUGUAUGAACUUGCAAUAAAGACUAAUCAAUGUGUAAACAGGCUGCAUAGCCAACGUGCCAAUCGUUAACGCUCCGUGGCGUAGCGGAGUCAUCUCUCUAUCACUCGUUCAUAUUAGUUCGACAGUGACAGUGGCGUUUCGUUCGCUACGGAGUGUUUACCAUAGGCACGUUGGCUACGCGCCCAGGUCCCAAUAUGGAAGACAGCGACACUUAAUCCGCCGCAAAACUUACCCGUAUUGUCCUUAUGAGUGGGUAUCUAAUAAUAAAAAGUUUUUGGCAAAAAUUUCCUUUUUGGUACAAACUUUUAUCGCUGACUGUACUUUUCUUCUCAUAGGCAUCAAAUGCUCAUUAAGACCAUUCUAAUAACCCCUAACACAAUUAGGUUGCGUUGGUCUAUCACAGAGUUCCCAUGGCCACCUCCUAUUAUAAUAUUGCAUUGUCACCCGACUUACAUAUGUAUGCAAAAUUUCAGCUCAAUCGGAAACAGGGAUGUGGGUCUAAUUUAGCUUCCAACAAACACCCCACACCCGACCCACACAAACAUACAUACUAACAGAGCAAGUUAAAUAGAAGCUUGUAAAAAUAGAACAGUAAAAUUUUUGAAUUUAUUUAUUUGGUUAUAGUCAAUUGAGGAAAAUUAGGAAAUAGCACAUAUAAUACUCGUAUCAUGCUCAUAAUAAUUAGGUACUUGACAUUGAUAACUAGGUAUUUACGCUAAAUUAUUAAAAAAAAAAAAAAAAAAAAAAAUUAGAUAAAAUAUAAUAUAAUAUAAUAUAAUAUAAUAUAAUAUAGAUUAGAUAUAAUUAGAUAUUUUAAUAAAUUAGAAGAGGACAUCUUAGCUACUUAGCUAAGAUGUUUAAUCAAUUUACUUAUUUAAAUAAAUACUGAUUUUGCUAGCCGUGCAUCAGAUUACAAAUUACAAAUACAAUCAUACUCGUAAUUCAUGCAUGCUAGAGGGGCUUCGCUAAGUUUGAAUAAAUGGUGCAAUUUGUUAGGAAGAAAUUUGUAACCUAUUUAGCGAAUUAAAUACUUCAUUUUCAUAAUUUUAUGGUUUUCAAGAGUGGUCCAGGUAAAGGUUAGGACCAAGGCUAGGAACCGGUUUUAAAAAUAGCGGGAAAUACCGGUUUAUUUCGGUUUUACUCCGAACUUUCAUAUGAACGCAAACGUUUCAGGAACUUUAUUGUAACCUAAAUAGACCGGUUUAUUCGACGAGCAACGAGAAAGCCAGCUGGUGGUGUGCUGCGUAAACAUAGACACCGACAUAGGAAGAAACCAGAUUGUAUUGUUCUAAACCGGUUAAUAUGACAGGAAAUUUAUGAAAAUGUUCUCCUAAGAACCGAUUACAAAAUUAAAAGGGUUUGUCGAGCCUUGAAGGUAAAGUUCGGAUAUCGACUGUGCAGGAUCGCGUCGCGUCGUUGUUGCCGCUGCUGGAUCCGUCACAUUCCUUGAUAAUGGUAUGAACGUCAUAAUCGCGGCAGUAAUGCGGUAAUGCUGUAAUUGACAUCCUAACGUCACCAUAAUGCAACCACGGCAAUGAGUCAAGACAACACAACAGCAACAAGACACACAACACAACACACAAACACAACAACACACAAACAAAACAGCAACAACACACAAGACAAAACAACAACAAGGCAGGAGAAAAUUGAUCCCAUAAGGCCCAAAAUCUAUUUUGAUUAUAGGUUUUUGAUAUUGUUUAAUAUAAGUAUGCAUUUUUACUGAGACCAAAUAUUAAUUUUAAAAUUACUUCAUACUGAAUGUUAUAUUAUAAUAUACUUAUCAACAUGAAAUGUUGUCAGCUUACUUACCAAUGUGAUUUAGACUGAAAAGGCUGUGAUUAAUUUAGCAUUUUGGCAAUGAAGUACAUAAAUAUACCUACAACAGGAAAAUUAAGUUUUUUAUUUUAUACGAUCCUCUAGAAGUUGUAUUGAUAUACUGUCUAGCUUCCGCAACUAUAUCUAGUUAUCUCGGAAUUAUGUAUUUUACUCAGUUUAAAAGUAGCCUUUGCCGGAAGCGAUUUUGUAAAUAUACAGCGUGCUAAUUUUUAUUACAUUUUGGUCAGAUUUUAGUAAAUUAAACAUUCAAAAAUAAAAUUACACUUUAUUAUUUGUAAAUUACACAUAUUUGUAAAUUCUUGGUAAGUACUUACUAAAAUUAAUAUUUUGAUCUUGCUAGUAUUUCAUAUAUCUUGCUAGUAAAAAAUCUCCAAUUUUUCUGUACGGAAGAACUCAUGUCUAGACGGAAGGCAGACCCGGAAGGAGAGCAACGAAAUUAUAGAUAGUUUACUGUACUAUUCUUAUUGUCUUGAUCCAAUUUGACAUUGUCAUUUAUGCUUAUGGUAAGUAUACCUUGCUAUAGGUACACAUUGUAUAUUUUAUCGGCCUAAAUUCUCUCUAUAAACCAAUAGUACUUAAUUGUGAAAAAAAGUAAUACUUUUAUAUUUGAGAAUAUCUUUAUCAUUACAGCGGCUGUAGGAUCGUUGGCGUUUUAUCACCUAUCAUGCGUCAAAUUCGCACUUACGUUGCUAGAACGUGACAGGCAUGGUAAAAUGCAACCAUGUUACCACCGGUAGAUGCCAAGGCUAAAUCACGACUCAUUUGACGUUUAUUUCCCCGAAGUAAAGAUUUAUUAAUCAUUACUUUAUUAAGAGUCCAUUAUAAAUAUACUAACUGAAUAAUAUUGUUGUUAAAAGAAUAUACUUAAAGGUAUUUUACUUAGCAUCGUAA